CCAUCAUCAAUCCUUCUCUCUUCUUUCUCAUUUCCUUGCUUCCCCCCAUCAAAACUCUCUCUCACCAGAGGAAAAAAAUAAAGAAAGAAAAGGAGGCAGACGAUCAGAGAGCGAGUCGUUCCCGUGAAAAGAUCCACUUAUCAGCAGCCUCUCCUUUCAUGUUUUUCACAGAAAACGAUUCUCUCCAACUGUCGGUCCUAUAAACUGGUAAAGAGAGCGAGUAACACGAAAGCCAGCAAUUCACACAUACAAAGAUCGUUUCUAUUCACAUCACCGAUCACUGAUCCGUCAUGGAUUCGGCAUCCGGCGCCGGAGCAUCGCCGCCUGACCCGCUCGGUGUACUAGUAGUUCCCACAAACUCGACAACCCGUGAAACCAUUCCGGGACCGUCAUCGCCGCCGCCGCCAGCAGCAGCAGCAUCCCAACCAAGCAGGUACGAGUCGCAGAAGCGGAGAGACUGGAACACCUUCUUGCAGUACCUCAAGAGCCACAAGCCUCCGCUAACACUGGCCCGGUGCAGCGGGGCCCACGUGCUGGAGUUCCUCAAGUACUUGGACCAGUUCGGCAAGACCAAGGUCCAUGUCAACGGCUGCCCCUUCUUCGGCAACCCCAACCCGCCUGGCCCCUGCGCCUGCCCUCUCAAGCAGGCCUGGGGAAGCCUCGACGCGCUCAUUGGCCGCCUCCGGGCUGCCUUCGAGGAGAACGGUGGGCGGCCCGAGUCGAACCCGUUCGCUGCGAGGGCGGUCCGGAUAUACUUGAGGGAGGUCAGGGAAAGCCAGGCCAAGGCCAGAGGGAUUCCCUAUAAGAAGAAGAAGCGGAAACGGCCCGCCGGCGUCACGGUGGCAGUGGCGAAGGUCACGGUGGGGAAUGUGUCUGUGGCCGCUGGGAGUGAUCAGGUAGGAAGUAGUGGAGGGAGCAGCAAAAUGAUUAACAACAAUUCAGUGGCUGAUGAUCAUGAUAAUGCUGGUGCGGGUGUGAUAUUAUGACUUGUUAGCGUAGGGGAUGCUCUUGUGGAUCAUCUGGCAUCACCCCAAGUAAAGAUUUAGUGCUGCAGAUUGUUCUUGUGCGCAUUCAUUCGGUAAGAUUAAUUACCUUUUACUCCUGCAA